AUUUUGCAUGUUGCACGGAUGGAAAAAUUUUAGGGUACUUUGAUAAAAAAAAUGAGGAUAUUACGAAAAUUUGUCCCAAUUUCCUGGGGAGUGACCGAGUGAGGGAGUAUCAUAUAUGUCGUCGCCGUCUCUGUAUCUGCGCUGAUUUGCCGCCUUGAGUUGCUCCCUAAAACUGGAGUACCUUGGCUAAACGCAGCAGCAGGGAUGCAGGGAACUAUAGCUUCAAGGGGCCUUAUGGUUAGCAAGCUCUUCUUCCAUAAAGCAGAGUGCCUGCUUUUGGAUUACGUUCCAUCCCGCUCGAUGCAUCUUCAACGACUCAACUGCCGCAGCUCUCUUUGGACUGGCAACACUAAUUCAUAUCACGCUUUCACCAGGCAGCUUUCCUCCAAGCCAAUGCCGAUUUGGCCGUCUUCUAGAACUGCUAGCCCCUUCUUAAGACAAGUCAACUCUUUUCUCUCGGACCCUCCCUCCAAAACCCCCCAAGACCCUGUUCGAUUUCCCAAUGGGUAUGCUAUGUUUUCUACAGAUGGUGGAGGAUUGGGCAAAAAAAUCCCAGUAAAGCUAGAACAAUCAGGGACUUUUGUCAAAGGAGUGGACUCAAACAAGCAAAUAACCGACACAAAAAUUAUAGGCACUCUUGUAGAAUCCAUGUGGAUGAAGGAUAACUUGGAGUUCCGAUUAAGAGUGGUUGCAGCAUUAUGUUUCUUAGUUGGUGGAAAGGUACUGAAUGUUCAAGUUCCAUUCCUGUUUAAGCUUUCUGUUGAUUGGUUAACUGCGGCUACUGGAAAUGCUAGCACACUUGCUCAGUUUACUGCUUCUAACUCAACCUUCUUAGCUCUUUUUGCGAGUCCAGCUGCAGUUUUGAUUGGAUAUGGGAUAGCACGGUUGAGUGCGACUGCUUUUAACGAAUUGCGAACAGCAGUUUUCUCUAAGGUGGCACUUCAAACAAUUCGAUCAGUUUCUAGAAAGGUCUUUUCGCAUUUGCAUGAGCUCGAUCUGGAGUACCACCUCAGUCGAGAAACUGGUGGUCUAAACCGGAUUAUAGAUCGUGGUAGCCGUGCUAUUAAUUUCAUUCUAUCGUCUUUGGUGUUUAAUAUCGUUCCAACAAUACUAGAGAUUUCUAUGGUAUCAGGUAUACUUGCAUAUAAAUUUGGAGCACCAUUUGCCUGGAUCACUUCCCUGGCUGUUGCUGCAUAUGUUGCUUUCACACUUUCAGUAACACAGUGGCGAACUAAGUUUAGGAAGGAGAUGAAUAAAGCUGAUAAUGAUUCAAGUACAAAGGCGAUUGAUUCACUCAUUAAUUACGAGACUGUAAAGUAUUUUAACAAUGAGGCUUAUGAAGUUAACAAAUACGAUGAGUUUUUGAAGAGAUAUGAAGGUGCUGCUUUGAAAACACAGCGUAGUCUAGCAUAUCUCAACUUCGGCCAAACUGCAAUAUUUAGUACAGCUCUUUCUGCUGCAAUGGUGUUAUGUUCAAAUGGAAUCAUGAAUGGUACAAUGACUGUUGGCGACCUGGUUAUGGUUAAUGGCCUUUUGUUCCAACUCUCCCUUCCUCUCAACUUCCUUGGCAGUGUAUACAGAGAGACUGUCCAGAGCCUCAUUGACAUGAAAGCUAUGUUUCAGUUACUAGAGGAGAGGGCUGAAAUAAGAGACACAGAUAAUGCGAAGGCUCUGAAGUUACACGGGGGUAGCAUUGAAUUUGACAAUGUUCACUUCAGUUAUUUGACAGACAGAAAGAUUUUGGAUGGGGUAUCUUUUAUGGUGCCUGCUGGAAAAAGUGUUGCUAUUGUAGGAACCAGUGGGAGUGGCAAAUCUACCAUUCUUAGAUUACUCUUCAGAUUUUUUGAAACCCAUUCUGGAAAUAUAAGGAUUGAUGGACAAAAUAUUAGGGAGGUCACUCUUGACAGCCUUAGGAAAUCUAUUGGUGUUGUUCCACAGGAUACUGUCUUGUUUAAUGAUACUAUCUUCCACAAUAUUCAUUAUGGCCGACUUUCAGCAACGGAAGAAGAGGUAUAUGAUGCUGCACGACAAGCUGCUAUUCAUGAUACUAUUAUGAAGUUCCCUCAAACAUAUUCGACUGUCGUAGGGGAACGUGGACUUAAGUUAAGUGGUGGUGAAAAGCAGCGGGUGGCACUAGCUCGUGCAUUCCUCAAAUCACCUGCAAUUAUGCUUUGUGAUGAAGCUACAAGUGCACUUGAUAGCACCACCGAAGCAGAAAUUUUGAGUGCUUUGAAGUCUCUCACAAACAAUCGCACUUCUAUCUUUAUUGCUCAUAGGCUAACCACUGCAAUGCAAUGUGAUGAGAUUAUUGUUUUGGAGAAUGGGAGAGUGCUGGAGCAGGGAUCACAUGAGGCUCUAUUAUUGAAGCAAGGAAGGUAUGCUCAGCUAUGGUCUCAGCAGAAUACUUUGGAUUCUCUCGACGCUGCCAUCAAGCUGGAGCCAUAAAUAUGCUCGUGUGGUAUUAUUGAAAGCGGAAGCAGCUUUCUCUUCUGGAAUGUAUUUAUGUCUCAGUUUUUGAUCAUCUGCCGUCUGGUUCCAGUCUUUGUAUCCUUAGACAUAUUCAUUGUUAAUAGUUUCCAAUAAACUGAACAUUCAUGCUUCUAGAAUCUAGAUUGAUCAAAAUAAGGUUUUUGAAGUGUACUUGUUUGUGGUAGAAGUUGUUAUAACCC